ACCUUUGUGGGCCCUGGUCGGUUCUCUCCCGGAGCUGAAGUCUCCUCCCAGCAACCAGUCGAGCUCCGCCCCCUCGCCCAGCAGUAGGUGGGGGAUCAGGUGAUCUUGGGUUGGCGUGGUCACGUGGCCGGGGCGUGCCCGCCGGUUGUGGCCAUGGCGGCCGCAGUCUCAACUGUGGUGAGGCGAGUGGAGGAGCUGGGGGACCUGGCUCAAGCCCACAUACAGCAACUUAGUGAAGCCGCGGGUGAAGACGAUCACUUUUUAAUUCGGGCCUCAGCAGCUCUGGAAAAACUGAAACUUUUAUGUGGAGAAGAGAAAGAAUGUUCAAAUCCAUCAAAUCUUCUAGAACUUUAUACACAGGCUAUUUUGGACAUGACAUAUUUUGAGGAGAAUAAGCUAGUAGAUGAAGAUUUUCCUGAAGAUUCUUCUUACCAGAAAGUAAAAGAACUAAUCAGUUUUCUUUCAGAACCAGAAAUUUUAGUUAAAGAAAAUAAUAUGCAUCCAAAACUUUGUGAUUUGCUUGGGGAUGAGCUACUUGAAUGUCUCUCUUGGAGACGAGGAGCCCUACUGUAUAUGUAUUGUCAUUCUCUGACCAAAAGAAGAGAGUGGCUCUUGAAAAAAUCUAGUUUGCUUAAAAAGUACCUUGUUGAUGGAAUCAAUUACUUACUACAAAUGCUUAAUUAUCGGUGUCCUAUCCAGUUAAAUGAAGGAGUUUCUUUUCAAGACUUAGACACAGCUAAAUUACUGAGUGCAGGAAUAUUUAGUGACAUUCAUUUGCUGGCUAUGAUGUACAGUGGAGAAAUGUGUUACUGGGGAUUGAAACAUUGUGUGGAUCAACAGCCAGAAAAUCGUGAAAUGGAUACUGGUGUUUCCGGAGCAAGCUGCAUGACACACAAGGAAUCCUUGGAUUUCCGAGAAGUAGGAGAAAAAAUUUUGAAAAAGUAUGUAUCUGUGUGUGAAGGACCCCUGAAGGAACAAGAGUGGAAUACAACAAAUGCAAAACAAAUUUUAAAUUUCUUUCAGCAGUCCUGUAAGUAGUAAUUCAUCUGGUCUUUUUCAAUCAGAAAGACAAAAAGACCCAUGUGAUGGAAAAUAAAUAAAUAAAUAAAUAAAAGACAUACUGAA